AUGGCCUUCCUCAUCGGGUUCAUCGUCAGCCUCUCCUUCUGGCUGCCGGUGUUGGCGCUCUUCUGCUGCGCGAUCUACCUCUGCCGGAAACCAGCGGAAGCGCCAGCACCAGAUCAGAACGUGGCCGCCACCGCCACGGGCCGAAGAAGGGAACCGUGGCGGCUGGGAUACUUCCGGCACUCCGCCGCGGCGGGUGGCGGCGCGAGCGGGGCGGCGGAGAAGGUGUGCGCGAUCUGCCUGGGGGAGCUGGCGGCCGGGGAGAAGUGCAGCGAGGUGCCGGCGUGCCGGCACGUGUUCCACCGGCGCUGCAUCGCGCUGUGGUUGGAGAAGAAGAGCACCUGCCCGCUCUGCAGGGAAACCAUCGCGCCGGCGGCUGCCGGCGACAUUGUUUAG